CACGAUGAGUGGGAUUUGUACGAAUGAACAAAUAUCUAGAAAUUUAAGUGUUUAGCCAGAUUAUACCAGAGUUGGAUCAAUGAAUAAUGCGUAAAAAUCCAAGUGCUUUAUUGUAAAAUAAUAAAAAUGGCCGAAAAGACGCCCGAUGCAAAGAAACAGCCUAGAGCAGGAUUGGCCGUCAAAAGAGGAAGAGGCCGUCUUCAGUCAUUGAGAUCACCACGAGACCUAACACUCGGAGGUUCAACCAAGAGAACAUAUGCACCUACAAUACCAGUAAGACGGAUCAAGGAAGAACCGAAAGAUACCCCUUCAGAGCAAAAACCCAAUCAUGGAGGAGGCCAGACCAGACAGAGAGGGAGAGGAAGAGAUCGAGGAAGAGGGCGAGGGCGUGGUCAGCCUAAUAUCAUCCAAUCAAAAUCCAUCUUUUCCGAAGGUCUGGUGCCCAAGACAGCCUCUGUUCCCAGUAGAGCGCCCAGUUAUCGAGAAGGUGGUGGAUUUGCAGAAAGUACAAAAAGUGAAAGACCCAAAGCUGAAAAAAAUUUUGAAGUUGAAGACCCAAAUAAGAUAUUACAAAUGAUUGACAGUGAUGGCGAAAUGGAUAUUGAUGAAGCUCAACUGGCAUGUGGGAUAUUACCCAUGCAUAUACCUUUAGCUUACCAUGAUCGCUUCGUAGAAGAGGUUGUAAAUGAUGAAGAUAUCUCAUCAGUUAAAGUUGAGCCAAUGGAAACAGAUGAGAAGAAACCUUUUGUGAGGCCAUCAAACAAAGGUUCUAAGAAGAAAACCAAGGAAGAUCAGCCAAUGACAUGUGAACGUUUGUUGACUGGUAACGAUAAGAAAAAGAAAGACCAAAUGUUAUUCUUUCAAUUUCCUGACUCGCUUCCAACGAAGGUAUUGGAGAAUGAGGAAGAAGGCUCUAAGGAGAAAAACAAAUCGCUGAAACUGCAAGAUAUCUCCGAAGGUUACAUUGGUAAAAUACAAGUCCUGAAGUCAGGAAAAACUAGGUUAAUUUUGGGCGGGGUUGCUUUGGACGUUUCGAUGGGAACACCUUGCAACUUUUUACAGGAUAUUGUAUCGAUUCACCCCGAAGAAGAAUCGAGGUCAAUGAUGACAUUGUGCCACGUAAAACAACGUCUUGUGUGUACGCCUGACUUUGAGGAAUUACUUAAACAGAAUUCUGAUGUCACAUAGACAUGACACAUCCUGCUUUAUAUUUCUGGGAAUGAGAUUAAAAUGGACGCGAGUUGAAAUUUCGUUUAUAAACGAAGUUGAUUAUACGGAUAUAUUUAAAGCAAUAAACAUUCCGGAUGACCGGUUCAUAUGGUGGUGUGGGAUACCCCAAGUGGAAAUCUCCCUGAAUAACCCCAGUCAACCGUCAUUGUCGCUUAUUCGGGUUGAAACUCCAGUUUACAUAGAAUACACUGAACGAGUUUCUCUCAGAUUGUGGAACCUGGUGUAGGAUCCAGUCAACUCUCAUAUGCAUUGUUCUCGUAUCAUUUUAUUAUAUCUUAACAAGAUUAUUACAUCAAGUUCUUUAUCCCGUCUGGACGCGGGCUCUGUCCCGUCCGACGCGGGCUCAUACGGACGGAAAAGCCAAUAUGUGGUGUUCUCACUAUUCGUCAUUAACAUCAGGCAAAAACCAAAAUCAACCGACCAAAUUCACAUGUGUUAAUGUACC